AGAAUUUGGCCACUUUUGCUUCGUUUUUCUCUCACUUAUCAUAGUUGGCAUGACAUUAUUAUCAUAAUUCAUUACACCCCUUAACAACAAUGCCAAUUUGACCUGUGUAUGCAACAUAGAUCCACAAUAGAUUAAUGGCACUUUUUAAUUUGAAUAUGUAAGCAAAAGCGGCGUUGGACUCGGAUAUGGGGAGUACAGGUGUUUCACAGCCAUGUGGUGUCAGUGGAAUAGAACUCGAAUCAUGCGAGUUCUCCAUCAGUAAACGAAUGGUCCGAAUUGCGUUCGAUAUUUUAUUUCAUAAAAAAAUUGAUAACAACAAACAAUUCGGAGGAUUCGUUUUCUAGCUUUCGAAAUUUAUAUUUGUCCAAUCAUAAGUUGGACCCUCCGAAUUGUAUACUCUGAAUUUUUUUUUUUAUUUUUUUAACACAAAUCGGAUCGAAUGUACUCCUACAAUUUUAAAAAAUACAAAAAAUUAUCAUGUUAAAGUAUAUCACUCAUUUUACUCCUAUAUCAAAAUUUUUUAGCUGAUUAAUGGAUGUGGAAUGGUAGAUAGUAGAUAGAGGGAAGGAGAGGAGUUAGUUAGCAACAUUGGGGGGUGUGAGAAAAGGGUAGGGACAAGGGAAUGGAACUACACAACUACCAAGUUGACUCAUUAAUAAUGCCCAAUCAUGGCGACACGCAUUUUCUCUCACACCUGUCAAUCCAUUUGGAUAUUUUAUUUCAAUUUAUUAUUUUUAGCUAAUUACCACUUUAAGCAAACAAAAAAACUAGAAGGGAAAAAAUCUCGCUCCCCAUUCCCCAAUUCUCGUUCAAAAAUGUUGCUUUCAGCUUCUACACUUUGAUGGAGGAGGUUUGAUCGUUUCUUCUGAUCAUUCCUCUCUCUCUCCCAAUUCCCUUUCUGGGUUUUGAUCCUUUAAACGAAAAGUUAGCACCUUCGCCUUCUGCGAUUAUUUUUUUUAUUCUUUUAUUUUUUUAUUUUUUCCGGAGGAGGAGGGAAGCUGCUUGCUUAUAGCGGAAACUGGUACCAGGUUCGUGAGAUCGGAUUGGUAAAUUUCAAAUAGGAUAAAAAUUCUUCCCAAAGGCUUCACGGUUUGUGGACAAAACUACUCUGAACUGUUUUCAACUCCUCCUUUUGGUGUUGAGAUUUCUGUACUUGCCAAAAAAAAAAAAAUUCUCUCUCUCUCUCUCUCUGCCCCUCUCUUUCUCAUGAAUCAUAGGAUUGUAGGCAUUGACAGUUUCAACUAAUUCCUUCGGACGUUUAUGAAAUUUUGUUAGAGUUGUCAUUUGUUUGGAGAGAAAAUCUUUCCAAGGAAAACCCCUGCUUUCUCAAAUCCGUGAAAAGUGUUGACUUUGGUUUGUGGGGGACAUGAAAUUUCUGAGCUUGGUGGGGAAUUCUUUAGGGUGUUCUGCUUCCGGGGAGAGAUUGGUUUCUGCAGCAAGAGAUGGCGAUGUUCAAGAGGCCAAGGCCUUGUUGGAAUAUAAUCCCCGCCUUGCAAGGUAUUCCACUUUCGGAGUUCGCAAUUCCCCCUUGCAUUAUUCUGCAGCUCAUGGCCACCAUGAGAUAGUAUAUCUCUUGCUUGAGUCUGGAGUUGAUAUCAAUCUUAGGAACUAUCGCGGUCAGACUGCAUUGAUGCAAGCUUGUCAACAUGGUCACUGGGAGGUAGUUCAGACCUUGAUUCUUUUUAAAGCCAAUAUUCAUAAAGCAGACUAUCUAAAUGGAGGUACCGCGCUCCACUUGGCUGCCUUGAAUGGUCAUACCAGAUGCAUUCGGCUCCUCCUCGCGGAUUAUAUACCAAGCAUCUCUGACUUUUGGAAAUUAUUGAAGUCAGAUGAUUGCAAGUUGACCUCAGAAUUUGAUCACAGUGGUCUUCGUGAGGUAAUUAACAGAACUUCUGAUGGAGGCAUCACUGCUCUGCAUAUGGCAGCAUUGAAUGGGCAUGUUGAAAGUGUGCAUUUACUCUUAGAAUUGGGAGCUUCUGUCUCUGAGGUUACCGUGGAAGAUGGAACUACCAUUGACUUAAUUGGUUCUGGGAGCACUCCCCUCCAUUAUGCUGCAUGUGGUGGAAAUGCACAAUGCUGUCAACUUCUGAUUGCCAAAGGUGCUAAUCUGAAUGCUCAAAAUGCAAAUGGAUGGACCCCCUUGAUGGUUGCUCGUUCAUGGAAUAGAAACUGGCUUGAGGACAUCUUAAAAGAACCUCCAUCAGAAAUCUUAGAAGUUCUUCCUUCACCAUAUCUCUCUCUUCCACUUAUGAGUAUUGUCAAAAUUGCUAGAGAAUGUGGAUGGAAGACAAAUGAAUUAGCACCAUGUCUAGAUCCAUGUGCGGUUUGUCUAGAAAGGAAGUGUAUGGUCGCUGUAGAAGGUUGUGAUCAUGAGUUCUGCACACAAUGUGCCUUGUAUCUGUGUUCCACAAAUUCAACGACUUCAACAAGCACAAAUCAAGGUCCACCAGGUUCAAUUGCUUGUCCCCUAUGCCGGCACGGCAUAGUGUCCUUCGUCAAGCUUCCAGACACCAGGCCUCUACCAAAGCAAACCAUACCAAGAACAGCAAACUUGUCUUUAACAUUCUGCACCUGCUCUAGCGACGUUCUUGAGGAUCCAACCGACAUGACUACCCCGUUUUGCUUACCGUCUUCAUCAUCUACGCCUUCGUUGUCGUCGUCAUCACGGGCCUCCAAGACUUCUCCGGGAAAUCUUCGCUCCCUCGGCAGCCAGAAGUUCUCCUCAUUCAGCUCAUUUAGAUUCAACACCGGCCUCUGUCUUGGAUCAGACGUGAGCCCUUCAUUGGUUCCUUGCACAACAAGCAGGGACCUGAGGAACCAUUUGGGCAGGUGUUCUGGUUCUGGUUUCAGAAGAUCAGCUUCUCAAAGGGAGAGAAGGAAGUCAUGGUUUUGUUCACUCAACCAAUCUGUUGCCACAGGCAAUGGAUGCUGAAUUAUUUUUGGUCUUUUUCUAUGUUUUUGUUUCCUUGUUCAUCUUCACAGCAGAAAAUAUAAAAGGCUCUAUUCUGUACUCAACAAUGUACAACAAUUUUAUCACAAUAUCAUCCACUCCAUGAAUUGCCUUGUAAAUACAUAGGUUCAUGUUUUGGCAAAAUAUCUCACAAUGCAAUUCAUAGGUUCAUGUUCCAUUCAAAUAUAUUGUAUUCAAAAGCCUCUACUUGGAAUUCAUAUGGA